AUGUCGAUCAAACUUGUAUUUCGCUAUUGGAACGCUCGUGGUCGAGUCCAAGCUGUUCGAUAUAUGUUAGAAGAUAUUGCUGCGACGAAUAAAAAUGUUGACUACAAGGAAGAGCCGGAACUACUUGAAAAAGCGCUCGAAUCAUGGAUGGGGCGUAACAAGGCGGAUGAGAGCGUUUCUGGUCCAUUCCAUACUUUACCAGUUCUUCACUGGAAUAACAAGCAUGUAUUCGCUCAAACAUUACCUAUCGGAUUAUUACUAGCUCGAAAAUUCAAUUUGUAUGGCAAACUAACUGCAUCUAUUGAUGAAGAAGACGCUUUACAUGCCUAUAUUGAUGGUGUGGUCUCUUGUGCGUACACCGAUGUCAUAACAAAUAUUUUAAUGUGCGUCUGGAAUCAAAUUGAUUUCGUUGAUGAUAACAAUCCUGCCAAUCGUGCAGCAAAAAAGGUUCCUAAUGAUCUUAAAGCAUUGAAUAGUUUAUUGAAGAAAAGCUCAACACCGUUUUUCUACGAUCAAGCAGAACCGACCAUCGCCGAUUAUUUUGUUUUCGAAGCGUAUACCAUGGCGCGAGAUUAUUCCGAGAAAAUGAUUCCAAGUGAAGAGGACCGAGACGCAUUGGUGAAAUUAGAACAAGUAAUGAGCGAACGACCGGGCAUUGCUAAUUACUUGAAAAAAGAUUUAUUAUAUAAACGCUUUACGGGAUCACCAAAAGAAGCUGAAUAUAUGGAAAAAUUAAAAGGCAAUUCGAAAUAA